AUGAAGUUUACGAACUUCGCUUUACUCGCUCCGUUGGUAGCAGUAUCCCCCCUCGAAAUCAGACAUGCCUCGGUUCCUCGUAAUGCAGAGGUCAGCUAUGACGGCUAUCACAUCUACCGUGUUGCUCCGUCGUCUGCCAACGAAGCCCGCGAGUUAGCAAACCGCUUUUCUCGCUACCACACCCAUCCCAUUCGAGACACUUUAUCUGUGGCCAUUCCACCUGACGAAGUCCUGUCUUUCGAGAGUCUCGCACUGAAAACUCGCCUCGUCAAUUCUGACUUGGGUGCUCACAUUCGUUCGAUUGACAGCAAACCCGCAACUUACGACCGCGCGUUGCACAAGCGUGGAGAGCUGCCAGAUCUAGCUUGGUAUGACUCGUAUCAUCCUUAUGCAGAGCACCUGGACUACUGGGAUGAUCUGACGCACUCGUUCCCAAAGAACUCGAAGAAGUUCUCGCUUGGAAGGAGCUAUGAGAAUAGAACCAUCUACGCGUACCAUCUUUUUGGCGAUAAGAACAAGGGCGGUUAUGGGCCGAAGACGAAAGACAAGCGGGAGAAGCCUGUCAUUCUUUGGCAUGCGACAGUGCAUGCUCGGGAAUGGAUAUCUACCAUGGUAAUUGAAUACCUUGCCUACCAGCUCAUCGACGGUUACAAAUCUGGCAACGCCAACGUAACCGCCUUUCUGGACCAUUACGAUUUCUACCUUGUGCCCUUCCACAACCCUGAUGGCUUCGUCUAUACACAAACCAAUGAUCGCCUCUGGCGCAAGAACCGCCAGCCUCGUCCUUCUGUCAAUACGACAUGCGUUGGUACCGACGGCAACCGCAACUGGAAGUUCGAAUGGGACGCCGAACCACCAGAGGGUGGAUCGACUCCCGAUCCGUGCGGCCAGACCUACCGUGGUCUCGCACCAGGCGACACACGUGAAAAUGCAGCGCUCGAUGCUCUAUCCGCCAAGCUCUCCAAACAAGGCGAAGGUAUCCGCUCAUUCAUCGACUUCCACUCGUACAGCCAGCUCGUGCUGACCCCAUGGGGGUAUUCCUGCGAUCCACUUCCCGCAACCAUCGACCGCAUGCUCGAAGUCGCCAACGGAACUGCGAGGGCCAUUGAGGCGGCAAGCGAGAGGAACAGCACAUACCAGGCGGGACCCGGGUGUCAGAUCCUGUACUUUUCGACUGGCAAUUCUCGAGAUCACCAUCAUGCUGUGCAUGGGGCGAACCAUUCGUGGACACUCGAGCUGAGUCCGGCAGACGAGGCGGGUGGUGGAUUCGUCCUGGACCCGAAGGAGAUUUGGCCAGUCGUCAAGGAACAGUGGGCUGGGCAGUUAUGGACGCUGAGUGAGGUUUGGGAUGAUUAG